AUGAGCCGGAAAGACGGUUGUGGCCAUCACCAAGCAGAUGAACGCCGGAAACACUACCGCCAAUUAAUCGGAACCCUUAUCUCAGUCAUUUUCAUAAUUCUCUUCGUAAUCCUUCUCAUAUACCUCAUCCUCCGCCCCACAAAACCUCACUUCACCCUCCAAGACCUCACCCUCUACGCCUUCAACAUCUCCGCCGCCACCACCACCCUCACCACCAACCUCCAAAUCACCGUCUCCUCCCGUAACCCAAACGCUCGCAUCGGAAUCUACUAUGACAAGAUUGACGUGUACGCCACCUACCGGAGCCAACAGAUCACACUAGCAACACUAAUCCCGCCGUCGUACCAAGGCCACAAGGACAUCACUGUUUGGUCGCCGUACCUCUAUGGCACUGAUGUUCCGGUGGCGCCGUACCUCGCCAUGUCUUUGGCUCAAGAUGAGUCUGCCGGAACUGUGUUGGUUAACGUUAAAGCUGCCGGAAGAGUGAGGUGGAAAGUCGGAACUUUUGUUUCCGGUGGGUACCGGUUGAAUGUGAAUUGUCCAGCGUAUAUAACGUUUGGGAACAGGAACAGUGGUUAUGCCGUUGGUCCUGCCGUUAAGUAUCAGUUGGUUGAAGGGUGUACAGUAGAUGUUUAA